UGUGUGCGUCGUCGCGCGUUUCCCAGCGAUUAUACUGCAACGCGAAGUUUGAGGCACCAGCAGCGGCAACAUCAGCGGCAGGCCGCAGCAGCAUCAGUUGCAGCAGAACGCAGCAACAGCAGCAAUCGAAAAUUGCAGCCACACAUCCUUCCUGGGCGUGCGCGCGCGUUUUAAAACGCGCGCAAAAAUCGCCUGGCGCUUGUGGGAUUUUUUCUUGUGAUUUUUGCAUGUUCUUUUGCUAACUUUGCUGCUGUAUUCAGUCGCUAUCGCGAUCUUCUCAAGGCUGCACGCGUUUUCUGCUGACGCCGCCGUUCGCGUCGCUGCCGCGUCGUCAUCGCGUCUGCGUCGCGUCUACGUGUUCAAAGGCAGAAAUUCCUUUCAGUUCGUGCCGUUCGCCUUCAUAAUUCCCCCUAAUUAUCCACCGCACUUUUAAUAUUAUAUAUAUAUAUAUACAUUUUUUUUCGGUGUUUGUGUAAUGUGCAAAAAAGCGCAGAAGAAAUGAACGCCACGUUUGAAAUGCAUGCAUAACGCAUAUAAAGUUCAAGGAAGUCCAAAAGGCCAACACAUGCAUAUCUCAAGGAAAUAAAUUGAGGAAAUUGGGCCAAAAAGAGAAAUCAUCCCGUGAACUGAUCUUCGUUUUUGUGUAAUAUUUAUUUGAGCUAGAGCGGUUAUUAUUUUUGUUCUAUUCCGCCGCUGCCUGCUGCAUAAGCAAACAGGGUGAGUUAUUUCGAACGACUUCAAUUAGCAAUUGAGAUUACUCGACUCGGAGAAGCAGCAGCGUAAGCUGUCACCGACAUGGGCAGUGAGCACUACUGCUUGAGGUGGAACAAUUACCAAUCCAACCUGUUAGGGGUGUUUAGUCAAUUACUACAAGACGGGAGCCUGGUGGACGUCACACUAGUUUGUUCAGAGGGCACAUCCAUCAGAGCCCAUAAGGUGGUCCUCUCGGCUUGUUCCUCGUACUUCCAGAGCCUGUUCCUGGAGCACCCCGAAAGACAUCCAAUUGUGAUAUUGAAGGACGUCCGUUUUGCCGAGCUGCAAACCUUAGUUGAAUUCAUGUACAAGGGCGAGGUGAACGUGCAAUACUGUCAGUUGUCCGCGCUGCUCAAGACAGCCGAAUCCCUCAAGGUCAAGGGCCUCGCCGAGAUGACGAACCAGAACACGACGCUGCGCGAACCGGAGCGGGAACCGGACCGCCUGCGUCCGCAGGGCGGCGGCGGAAGCGGCGGAUCCGCCCACAAGGCGGCCGACAGUCCGGCGGCCGCUCUGGAUGCCACAGCGGCAACACAGGCUGCCGCGGCAACAGCAACUGCAGCGGCGACGGCGGCGGCGACGGCAACAUCAACCUCAGCAACAUCUGCGGCGGCAACAGCAACAGCAGCGGCGACAGCAGCAACAUCUGCGGCAACAACGGCAGCGGCGGGGAGCAGCAGCAGUGGCAGUGGCAGCAGCGGCAGUGGCAGUAGUACAACCACAACGGCGGCAACAACAACAACAGCAACCUGUGCCACAGCAGCAGCAACGGCAGCAGCGGCAACAUCCACGGCAGCAACAUCCUCGCUGACAGCGUCAACAACGGAGGAGGCAACAUCAUCAUCAUCGUCGACCGGCGGCGUGAAGCGGGAGGCCAGCGAUCGCUGCAGUCCCACGCCCGCCAAACGCUCCUCCCGGUUGCAUCCGGUGGACAAGGACGACUUGUCGGCGGAUCGGGAACGAGGGCCGGCCGAUGAAUUGCUGGCCGAGGAGCUGCUCGGUCGCAACUUGAACGACGAGGAGGAUGACGAGGUGGAGGAGGUGGAUGAGCUCGAUGAGAACGAGGAGGCGAUGCUGAGGGAUCAGGAGCAAGAGGAGGAGGAGGACGAGGAUGAGGAGGAGGACACGCCCAUGCCGCUGGAUCUCUAUCAAAGACCUAAUGUCGAGCCAAAAAGCGCAGCAGCAGCAGCAGCAGCUGCAGCGGCAGCAGCAACGCAGCAGGGCGGCAGCAACAACCUCAGCGGCAGCAGCAACACCUGCAACAACAACAAUAACAGCAGCAACAACAACAACAACUCCAGCAGCAACAACAACAACACCAGCAGUGGGAAAACAUCAUCAACGGCCAGCAAUGGCGGCACAACCAACUCCGGCGGCACCGCGGAUUCCGUGGUUGCGGUGGAUGACGAUGACGACGACGAUGGCGGUGAUCACCAGCGACAGGUGGACGAUCGCCUGGAGCAGGAUGCCGACGAGGAGGAGGACCCGGAUGACGACGAUGUGGUGGUGGUGGGCAGUGCCACCGCAAUGGCCAGGGGAAUUGCCCAGCGAUUGGCCCACCAGAGUCUGCAGAGGCUGCACCACCCGCAUCCGCACUCGCACGCGCAUCCGCACUCGCAUCCGCAUCCGCACCACCCGCACCACCACCAUCCGCAGCACCACCAUCCGCAUCCGCAUCCGCCGCACCACGCCCACGCCCACGCCCACCAUCCGCACUCGGAUGACGAGGACGCCAUGCCCGUGAUUGCCAAGAGCGAGAUCCUCGACGAUGACUACGACGACGAGAUGGAUCUGGACGACGACGACGAGGCGGACAACAGCAGCAACGAUCUGGGUCUCAACAUGAAGGUCGGCGGCGGCGGCGGUGGAGGCGGUGGGGGCGUGGACCUGUCCACCGGCUCCACCCUGAUCCCCUCGCCCCUGAUAACCCUGCCAUCGUCAUCGGCGGCAGCAGCGGCGGCAGCGGCAGCGGCGGCGGCGGCCAUGGAAUCGCAGCGCUCGACGCCGGCACAAGGAGCGGGAUCGGGAGCGGGCGCCUCGGACCUCAGUAUUGGUGGCUCCGGCGGUCGGCCGGCGUCCCGCAGUUCCCGCGACGGCGGCGGCAACGACGGCAGAGGCGGAGCCUCCUCGUCCAGCCUGCUGAGUCCCGGCACCGUGGCCAAUCUCCUGCCCGUGCAAUCGGUGCCAUUGAGCCUCAAGAAGGAGAUCGAUUGCAGCGAGGACGACAACAGCAGUCACAGCAGACACAUGCAACAGCGUUCGGCAUCAGCUGGCGGCGGCCUGGGCGGCGACCUUGACUACCGCGCCUCCCACGAGUCGCUGCUCCGCAACUUCAGCUCACCGAUGAGCGCGAUGGCCGCCAGUCGCUGCCCAACCCCCUUCGCCUUCCCCUUCUCGCCCCUCGGCCUCAGCCUCUUCGACAUCGAUCCGUCCAGAAUUCUCAGCAUACUGCACCACCAGACCUGGCUGGCGGAGGAGGCCCUCAGGACACGCGGUCUGCUGGCGGCGCCCAAGGACUUUCCGCACCGCUUCACGACCCUCAGCGAUCUGCUGACCAAGGAUUACCAGGCGGGCCAGUCGAUGGCCACGGCGACGGCCACGGCGACCACCGCCUCCGCCUCCUCCUCCUCCGGCUCCUCCUCCUCCGCGGCGGCGACGGGUCAGAACAGUGCCGGUCGCUCCGGCGACAUCCAGUACAAACACACACAGCAACCGCAGCAACCUCAGGCGGCGAACGCGACGGCGACCUUUAACCUGCGCUAUCCCACGGCCACGCCCACCGCCUUCUACCAGCAGCAGCAGGGCAAGGGCGCCAAAUCCUCGCCCUCGCCCCAGCAAAUGGCCACCAGCUCCACCACCAUCACGGCGCUGUCCAACGAUUCCGGCGAGGAGAGCUGCAAGCGGAGCUCGGCGGACAGCGACGAGGUGACCAUCGUGGAGCUGCCCAGCGAGAGGAGUGCCCAGCUGUACAAGGAGUCGCUGGAGCAGCUCCUGCAGCGCCAGCGUCGCACACCGGGACUCUCGGGAUCGGUGUCGGUAUCGGGAUCUGGAUCCGGAUCGGGAUCGGGUUCGCUAUCGGGAGCGGGCAGCGUCAUCGUGGACGCCGCCGGCCUGAGGCAGUACACCCAACUGUUGCUGGCCGGAGCGGCCGGAAGUGGUGGCUCCGACCUGAAGGAGAAGAGCUCCUCCUCGUCCACCUCAUCCACGCCACCGCUGCUCACCCAGCAGCUCAGCCAGAUGCUGAAGAGUCCCUCGGACACCUGCUCCUCGCUGUUCAGCUCCUCGGGCGGUGGCAACUCGGCAUCGGGAUCGGGAUCGGGUGUCCAGCUGGUGGGCGGCGGCGGCGGCAGCGGAGUGACCGGUGGCGAGACCAUCGAGGAGGAGACCCGCUGCGUCGUCUGCAACGCCCACUUCCCGAACGUCUGGCUGCUGGAGCAGCACGCCGCCCUCCAGCAUCCCCAUGUCGGACCCGGCGAGGAGAAGCCCUUCAUCUGCGAGCAGUGCGGCCAGUCGUACCGCUACCGCAGUGCCUAUGCCAAGCACAAGGAGCAGAACCACCGCGCCCGCCUCCCCGCCGACAAGCUCUUCACCUGCGACGUCUGCGGGAUGCAGUUCCGCUACCUCAAGAGCUUCAAGAAGCACCGCCUCAACCACGCCCUCGAGCGUCUCCAUGGCAAGAAGAGUGUGGGCGUGGGCGUGGGUGUGGGUGUGGGUGUGGGCAUGGUCGGGCGAAUGGGCAGUGCAGGAUCAUCGGGGCUAUCCGUGUCGGUGGCGGCGCCCACCUCGGGAUCGGUGACCUCGGUGGACCAGGAUGUGGUGACCAGUUCGCAGGAACCAAUGCUGGCCGACGAGGGCGAGGACCUGCGGGUGAAUGUGAAGAGGGAGGGCGCCGCCGAGGAGCACUCGGCCGAAUCUCGGGCCAACGACAGCGAGGAGCACGAGCAGGACAACACCGUCGACUCGGCGGGCAUCACGAUGCUCUACCAGGACAACAACUCCUCGGCCUCGGCCUCCACCAGCGCCACCGAGCCGAACAUCAGCAGCUCCGAUGGCAUUCAUAGUACAAACAAGCGGUCGCGCCUGCACCACUUGGAAACGGAUCCCUCCUACGCACACCACCAGCACCACCACCACCACCACCAUCACCACCAGCAGCAGCAGCAUGCGCACCACAAUGCGACCCACCUGGGCCACGUCUCACUGCCACUGGUGGCCACCUCGGCCGCCGGCUCCUCCUCCUCGGCGGCAGCCGCUGCCGCCGUUGCCGCGGCCACCGCUGCCGUCGCCCAGGCGCAGGUCAACUCCGGCGGUGGCGCCACCGGAAGCGGUGCGGCCGGAAGCGGCGGCGGUGGAGCGGGCGGCUCAGCCGCCGGCGGCGGUGGCAUCAGUUCGCUCAGCUCGCUCACCUCGCUGAUCAACGCCGAACGCAUUCCGAACGAGCAGUUCCUGGGACUGAAUCCCCAGGAGGCCUCCAUACUCAACUUCUUGCGCGUCGAUGCCGCCGAGCGACAGAGGGACAAGCGGCCGGCCACCUCGCGAUUCGCGUGCCCCUUCUGCGGCAAGUGCGUGCGCUCCAAGGAGAACCUGAAGCUGCACGUGCGCAAACACACCGGCGAGCGGCCCUUCGUGUGCCUCUUCUGCGGCAGGGCCUUCGGUGGCAAGUCCGACCUGACCCGCCACCUGAGGAUCCACACCGGCGAGCGGCCCUACCACUGCGAGUCCUGCGGCAAGUGCUUCGCGCGGGCCGACUACCUGUCGAAGCACCUGACCACCCACAUCCACAAUGCGCCGCGCUGAGAUGAGGCGCGUAGGAGGCGGCUCCUACGCAGAUAAGGAACCAGCUCCAGGAUCAGCCUCUGAAAACCACACACACACACCAUACACACACACACACACACACACCAUACACUAUACACCAUACAGAAUACAGAAUACAGGAAGCGUAGAAUGAAGCCUAUGUAUAAAUCCUAUUAUUACCAAAAGCUCUACGAUUAGAUCGAUGUAAAAAUUCAAUCGCAGGAGUUACAAUUUUUUUUUUUUUUCUUGUGGUGCAAACUAGAGAAAAACAAAAUUACGGGCAACUAAUUAGCACGGGUAUUAAAGUGUUUAAGAUUCUGAAUAUACACCUAUCUCCCUAAAUAUAAAUAUAUAUAUAUAUAUGUGUGAGUAAGGAUUACGAUUAUAAUUACGAAUUAUAAUUAUCGUAGCACAAGAUUACGUUUUUCUACAACUAUGAUUAAGUGCAGAUAGAUGGGAACGAAAUGCGAUUUGGUUCUGUGAAACAACUUAUUUCUCUAACACAUUUAACGAAAACAGCCACAAACUUUGCAAUAGCAAUAAACAAAAUAGUCUGUAUUUUCUACCGAAACAAAGAAGGGGGAUAUAUGUACCACACACAUUGUACCGCAGAUCUGCCGUUGAUAUACACAAUAGAUAAAAUAUAUUUAAUUUUACACCGAUCUAUAGAAGCUAAACUAGCAACAAUUUGUACAAAACAAGAAAAACAAAACAAACAACAAGCGAGAGGAAACUAACUUUGCAAGAAUCAAUGCAAUAACUGAACAAACUCUGUUACCUACCACAGAAAACAAUAAGCUAAUUGGGAUUUUAGUUAAUCGUUGUGCAGCAACUGUACUGAAACUAAGCCAACCACUAAAUGUAAAAGAAUGUUUUAAACGAUGCAAGCAUUAUUUAUUCUUCGGUUGACCGAUCUACAUACAAAUAUGUUCAGGAGGGAGUCGAAGUUGGUUAAUAGGAUUAUUGUAAAGCUAGGAGAUACUAAUGGGAUCUACCACCGUCAAUAGUUUAAUUUAUAUACAAAGCAAAGCGAAGCAAGGCAAAUCAAAACUAGAAACAAACAUAGCAACAAUUAACAAUUACCAAUAGCAAUUACAAUUAAAACUGCAACUACAACAACACAAAACUAACUGUGAUCACAACAAGAAAACAACAUUGAAGUUUUAACUAACCUACAAACAAGCUGAACAGGCAAGAAUAGUUUAUAGCGAUGGCAACCAUGGCAAACAAUAGAGAAUUUGGGCGGUGCUGGCAACUCUGGUGGCGGCACCGUCCGUCCGCUGGAAACGAAAUGUGCAAUUAAACAAUAAAAACAAUAAAAUAGGGAGAGCCCAUAGGUCAGAAAUGAUUUCUCAACAGAUAUUUGCUUCAUUUAACUCAGUUCAACAGACACAGAAAAAGGGAGAAUAAUAAAAAAGAAAAUGUAAAAUGGAGAAAACCAAAACCUUGAACCAAGAACAUCGAAUUAAAGUGUAAAUGAAAAUCCAAAAAGCGAAAAAGCGAAACAACUUGAUACAUAAAAGAAAAAAAAGGGGGGAU